CUUUCAUCCAGAAAUAGUGUAUACCCUUUUUCCUUUUUUUUUCCCUUAUUUUAUUUUUAUUUUUAUUUUUUAUAAUAAUGUGUAAACAUAUAUUGAAUGCCCAAGUGGCUAUUCGAGCUCCUUGUUGUCGAAGAUGGUUUGAUUGUGCUGAUUGUCAUGCGGAAGUCUCUGAUCAUAAUCUACGAAAAACUGAUGAAAUGGUAUUUGCUUGUAAAAAGUGUAAAAAGGCGUUUAGAAAGAAUAUGACAGAUUAUGAAGAAGAAGAUGAAUAUUGUCCUCAUUGUGAUAAUCAUUAUGUAUUAGAUGCUUUGACCCCUGAAGCCAAAUUGGGUAUUGAAACUGGUGACUUGCGACAAGAUGCUAGAGUGAUUAAGGAUGCGCGAACCAAGUUACGACAAGAUCCUAAUAGUAUAUUUGAUAUGGAUUUUAGUGAUCAAAUAGGAUAGAACAGUUAUUUUAUAUAUCUGGAUUAGUAGAAUUCAAAUCAUCUCCACGUGCUAAAAAAAAAUAUUUCAAUCAGAAAUAAAAAAAAAAAAUUGGACGAUUCUUGGGCUUUAAAUCGUGAGAAAGAAAAUUGAAAAACAGUCUCGGCGCAUAUAAGCUUUUCC